GAAAACCUGAGCAGGCAGGAACAGGCAAAGUUCACUUGCAAAGAUUACGCUGAACCGAAUGGAUACCACGAAAAACAAUGGGACUCUGAGAGAAGGAUUCCUGGUGAAAAGGGGUCACAUUGUGCACAACUGGAAGGCACGCUGGUUUGUGUUGAUGCCAGACAAACUACUCUAUUACAAAUACGAUGGAGGCAGAAGAGACUCGUGUCAGCGAGGGAAAAUCAUCCUGAAGGAUUGUGUGAUAACUUGUCCUUUUCUGGAGUGCGAAAAUCGGCCGUUGGUGUUCAAGCUCCACACAAAAAAUGGGGUGGAUCAUUUUUUGGAGGCUUGUUCCCGGGAGGAAAGAGACAACUGGGCCGGUGACAUCACUGCUGCGGUCGACAAGCUGCGGCCAGCUGAAGGCGGGGAGGUGACAAAUGAGGAAGACCCUGCUGGAUCCCAUUUUACCAAAGUUAAUCUGAGCAAAGUGUUGGACACCAUGUAUGACGUCCACAGUGGUAUCACGAUGAGUGCCCAUGUGGAGCAGGGCAGCACGUACAGCAACUGUUUCUCAGGUUCAGAGGUGGUGGACUGGCUGGUGUUCAUGCAGCUGGCUCUGACCCGUGUGGAGGCCAUAACGCUUGCCUCAGCCCUGCUGGAGGAGGGUUUCCUGCGGACCGUCGGCAUGAAGAGUGUGGCGGCUCUCCGUACUGCCGGCCUCAGUGAGCAGUUCGUGGACGACUCCACUGCACUCUACAGCUUUUCUGACAGUUUAAAGAAGAGAGGCAGCGUGAAGGCGGAGACGUCGCUGUCUGCAGUGGAGCUCAGUGGAAAAGUUAUAAAGAGAGGAUAUCUACUCAAACAGGGACACAGAAGGAAGAACUGGAAGGUACGACUGUUUGUGCUGCGUUCAGAGCCGUCUUACCUUCACUAUUAUGAUCCCACCAAGGAUGACGUCAGCCCCGUUGGCGGCUUCUCGCUGCGAGCCUGUCUGGUGUCUUCGCUGGACGAUAACGGAGUUCCCAUAGGUGUAAAAGGCAACAUUCAAGGCAACUUGUUUAAAAUCAUCACUCAGUCAGACAUACAUUACUUCAUCCAGGCUCCGAACAACCAGGACAAGAUGGAGUGGAUCGAUGCGAUCAGAGAGCAGACAGGGAGUUAAAACUUCACCUCCUAACAUAUCGACUCAUUUAUUAAGAAGAAAAAAAAAGACUUACAUUCUGUGAAUGUUAACUGUAGCAACAAACAAGGAACAUGCAAUUUUUUUUUACAUGAAAGUGUUAGUGGUCAUAAAACAUUUCUGCUCAUUUAUCUCAGACAUAUCUGUGCUUUCAGCUUCAUUAUUCUGAAUUUUAAAGUUUGUGAAAUGUGACUUAAAAGGGUUUUAAAAGCCCCACAUUUGUAGCAAUUUCUCUGGCAAUCACACUGCAUAAUGUAUUUUACAAGAUUUCUUCAUGAUUAAACACUUUUUUAUUCACCACA